AUAUACGCCAAAUGGCACUUUAAUUUUCACUUUUUCUGUAUCUUUCCGUGGAAUUUUGCUUUUCUCGUCAAACCAAGUCACAAUCCCUCUUCAGUCACUUGCUGCUUCUUCUUCGCCAAACCCAAAACCCUAAAUUCAUUUUCUUAUGAUUCCAUCACCUUGAUUUACAAAUUAAUCUCCACUUCGUACGGUUGAUUCGAGCCAACCUUCAUAAUGGAGGAUUAUAUGGAUCAAAGCUCUGGAGGAGACACUGAUGGAAGUGAUUCAGAGGUAGAGGAGUACGUGGAUAAAUCUUAUGAAGAGCUACAAAGUGGAAAACACAAAGUCAGGUUAUCUGAUGAAACUUUCACUUGUCCCUAUUGUCGUAACAAGAAAAAGCGUGAUUAUCAGUACAAAGAUCUACUACAGCACGCUACAAUGGUGGGAAAAAGCGAUUCUCAAAAGAGAAACCCAAAAGACAAGGCAAAUCAUCUUGCACUAGUUAAGUUUCUUCAAAAAGAUAUAUCUGGGAACUCUAACUCUGGCCCAUCAAAACCUAAAGAGGAGACAGAUAACCUUGCAGAUCAUGAUGGUGAUGAGCUGUUUGUAUGGCCAUGGAAGGGUAUUGUGGUCAAUCUCCCAACCGAGUUAAAAGACGGGAGAUAUGUAGGAAAAAGUGGGUCAAACAUGAGAGACCAUUUAACUGCAAGAGGUUUCAAUCCUACACGAGUGCACCCUUUAUGGAACUAUCGUGGUCAUUCUGGAUCUGCAGUGGUUGAAUUUAACAAAGGUUGGGAUGGUUUUAAGAAUGCCAUGUCAUUUGAGAAAGCUUAUGAAGCUGAUCAUCGUGGUAAAAGGGAUUGGAAGGUAAAUGAUGAUCCAAAAUCUGAUAUUUAUGGUUGGGUUGCUCGUGCUGAUGAUUACAAAGCUCUUAAUAUAAUUGGAGAGCAUCUUCGCAAGAUUGGUGAUCUUAGGACUGUUUCUGAUAUCAUGGCAGAAGAAGAACGAAAGGCAAAUACUUUAGUCUCAACCUUGACAAGAGAAGUUGAGGUCAAAAAGAGAACCUUUGAAGAAAUGGAGACUUUAUAUGUUGAGACAGAGAAUUCACUUAGCAAAGUAAUUGAAGAAAAAGAUUUGCUUCAUCAGUCUUAUAAUGAUGAGUUAAAGAAAAUCCAGGCCAGUGCACAUGAUCAUUUUAAAAAAAUCUUUAAUGAUCAUGAAAAGAUUAAACUCCAGCUGGAAAACCAGAAGAAGGAACUCGAGCUCAGGGGUAAUGAACUUGAGAAACGUGAAGUGGUAAAUGAAAAUGAAAGAAAAAAACUCACUGAAGAGAUUGAAGAGAAUGCUGUGAAAAAUAGUUUGCUUCAGAUGGCCUCUGAUGAACAAAGGAAAGCCGAUGAAAGUGUGAUGAAACUUGCUGAAGAUCAAAAGAGGGAAAAGGAAGAACUCCAUAAGAAAAUUAUUAAUCUUGAGAAACAGCUAGAUGCAAAGCAAGCUGUAGAGCUUGAGAUAGAACGUUUAAAGGGACAAUUAAAUGUGAUGAAACACAUUGGAGAUGUUGAUUUGGAGGUGUUGAAGGAAGUGGAAGAGAUACACAAGAACUUAAGGGAUAAAGAAGAAGAGCUUGAACAUAUCCAAAGUUUGAAUCAAACUCUUGUUGUUCAAGAACGCAAGAGAAAUGAUGAGUUGCAAGAUGCCCGCAAAGAAUUAAUUGAAGGAUUGAAGGAGCUACCAAAAAGUGCACAUAUUGGGGUGAAGAGGAUGGGGGAGCUUGAAAAUAAACCUUUCUUGGAUGCCAUGAAGAGGAAGUAUGGGGACAUGGAUGCUGAAGAUAGGGCUUCAGAAAUGUGUUCAUUAUGGGAAGAGUAUCUCAGAGAUCCAAAUUGGCAUCCUUUCAAGGUCAUCACUGUCGAUGAGCAAUCACAGAGAUUGAUUGAUGAAAGUGAUGAUAAAUUGAAAAGUUUGAAGAGAGAUUUGGGUGAAGAUGUGUAUAAAGCUGUGACGACUGCUUUGACUGAGAUUAAUGAUUAUAAUCCAAGUGGAUCAUAUAUUACAACCGAGUUAUGGAAUUUUGCUCAAGGAAGGAAAGCUCUUUUGCAGGAGGGAGCUUCUUAUCUUCUGGACUUGUGGGAUUCUGCUCAAAAACGCAGGCGAAUCAUGUGAGGGAUUUGGAUUUUGGAUUUCUUCUAGUUUAUGAUAUGGGAUUCUGGUUCUUAAUGGAUCCAGAUUCUUGGUAGGUGAUUGAUUAUAAGACUUUCCUUUAUGAUAAGACUCUCCAACAAAUGUAUUCAGACUUAGGCUGUGCUAAUAAUUGUUGGUUAUUGAGAAUAUUUGUGGCGGAAA